AUGCGUAGCUUUGCAUGGCUCCUACUGGCGUCCAACGCCCAUGCCAUUCCUACCACUUUUUGGACGCGUACCGACAAAUGGGAGCAAGUCACCUGUUCCGACGCCAAUAUCACCGAUGCAAAGGUUCUAGCUAAUGUCCGAUGGGAAUCGGCUGACACAAAUACCUCGUGGAAAGAAGCUGUUGCCGCUUGGCAAGCCUACAAACCAGGAACAACUUCGGCUCAGCUUAAGUUUCCAGCUUUCAUCAGCGACUUUUACGGCGGACCUGAGGGAUGGGAUUGCCAAGAUACCGCCAACACGCCAUGCUCGACAACAGUCCAGUGCGCUGACACAAAGCAUCCAGCAGGCUUUCUGUUGCUCAACUCCUUCUCAAGAUUACACGACGUGUACCAAAAAUACCAUGAGGCGCUACAAGAUGCUCAGCUGAGCAUAUCUGCCGCGAUGGGAGAUUUCACAUCUACCUUUGCGCCUCAGCUAAAGAAAAAGGACGAGUCAACGCUCGUCAAGACUUUAAUGGAUGUGAUGGCAUUCGGUAUAGGUGUUGCAUCGGCUGGUCUAUGGAACAUUGUCAUCAAAGAGGCUGCGAUAUUUGCUGGCAACUCCUUCGGAUUCGCCAAAGACUCAUUCAACAGCGCCAUAUCCGCUUCUUUUGCUCUAGGCAAAGACAACUUGAAAUCUGCGAAAGAUAGCGCAAGCGUGCAAAACGACUUGACCUCCGCGAUGGGCGCCUUAUUUGACGUGUGGAAGAAGACACAAGAAGACUAUUUAUCUGAGAUAUUCUCAGGGUCAAACAGUAAUACCAUAGGCAUGCUUGAGUCUUUCAUUAGAGGUGGCAUGAUGAACAUGCUGCCCGUCGAUAUCAAUCUCUCCGGCAUGGUGAAAGUGGUUGAGACCAUCAUGUUUGGGCAGAUGAUUCCUAUUGCCUGGCAAGUGGCACCUGCGGCUUACACGCCAUUCGUAUUGAAAACCGGCGAUGCGUGUUCUAGUACCAUGCCCAACACCCUCGACCCUUACAUGACCCAGGAAACACAUGAGAAGGCUGGCGUAUGCUGGAAUAAUAAUCAGUUUUACGUACUGACUAUCGGAACAUAUCGGGUUGACGUGCAAAGUGACACGCCGCGUCUGCCCGACUCAGAACCGCCCUUCCAGGUGAUGGCGGGUGCCACCCAUGACGUGCUCGACGGAAAGAAUUGGGGUGGCGUCACGCUCGAAGAUAUCGUCAUCAGCGCAUACAGUGGAUACUUGAACAACGGGAACCGCAAUGGCUUCAACAUCUCCCUAGACGACAGUGCGGGAGGCGUUGAUCAGCUCAUGUGGACGGGGGGCAUACGGACGCCUGGUUUCUUCUCGCUCCCGGUCUGCACUAGUCUUUGGAACACAUUGAUGAACGUCGCUGGCAGUUCGCCUGGAAAAAACCACUAUCCUUGCGGAGUGGUGGUUGAACAGACGUUCCCACAGCACUGA